AUGUCUUCACGUACAGUGGCAAUUGUUGCCACUGGCCUGGGAUGCUUUGCCCUCGCCGCUUGUUUCCUCUCCUUCCCCAUGAUCCUCAGCGAAAUCAGCGACAUCCGCGCUGAGCUUGACGCUGAAAUUGAGGCAUGGAAGAUUGAGAGCGAUACCCUCUGGAGAGACAUGAACAAGUACGGCAGAGUCCGUCGUCAGGCUUAUGGAUAUGGUGCUCCUCCUCCGCGCAGCAGCUUCCCAGGAGGACACGGACCCAAAGGACCUAACGGAGGCUUCCCUGGAGGUGGUUUCGGCGACCAACCUUACCCUGGUGAUGCUGGAGGUCCUCCUCAUCCAACUGGUGGUAACGGAAACCUUCCUGGCGUUGUUGGAGUUCCUCCCUCUUUCAACAACAACAACAACAAUAACAACAACUUCCCCGGACACGAUGGUGCUCCAUCAGCUCAGCCCAAUGGUAACUGCAACUGUAAUGCUGAUAACACGUGCCCAGCCGGACCACCAGGACCUAAAGGAGUUCCCGGACAUGAUGGACCUGACGGAAUCCCUGGAAUUCCUGGACUUGACGGAAAAGAUGCUGAAGAUGCUAAGGCACAAACACAACAGUAUGCUGGAUGCUUCACUUGCCCUCAGGGACCUCCUGGUCCUCCUGGACCAACCGGCAAGCCUGGACCUCGUGGAAUGCGUGGAGCUCGCGGACAGGCUGCUAUGCCAGGUCGUGACGGACAGCCUGGAUUCCCUGGAACCAUCGGAGGUCUUGGAGCUCCUGGACCAGCUGGAGAAGAAGGACCACAAGGAGAGCCAGGUGAGGAUGUGGAACAUCAAAUUGGUCUUCCUGGACCCAAGGGAGUGCCCGGAGCCCCAGGAGAGCCUGGAGACCAGGGACAGCGAGGAGACACUGGAGCUCCAGGACAGGCUGGUCCUCCAGGAGAGCGCGGACCUCAGGGAGAGAAGGGAGAUGAUGGUGCUCCCGGAACUCCAGGAGAGCCAGGAGAGGAAGGAGAACCAGGAAAGGACGCUGAAUACUGUCCUUGCCCUCAGCGUAACGCUGCCCAGAACGUCCAGGCUACUGGAUAUCGCCUCGCAUUCAUCAAUAUAAUAGUAUUGAUAUUCAAUAUAUUCGAGAAGUAUCCCAUUGAGACACUAGAAACUGCAAAACCUUGUUGUGUUCAACCGCAGUCAACAUUUAAAAUCUCUCAAGUAAUGUUACGUUUUGAACUGUAUAUAAUUGAACAUCCUUCUGAAGAAAAAAGUCAUCCAAAUCCCAGCAGCAGUUUGCUUGUGGUUCGCAAAAUAUGUAAAUUUUGACG